CAGCCUGCCGGAGGCCAAAGCCAGUGAACGUUGUUACACCAUGUUGCUAUAUUCUAUUGUACUGGUGCAAGUCCUUCUGGCCAUAUGCCACGGCUCCCUGGCCGAAAAAAUGAUGCGGCCCAAGUUUAAGGACAUAAAGAUCUGGAGCGAGGAGAAGAUGCUCAGCCAUAAGGUUGUGUACGAUAACAGUGACCCGCAUCUGAACUUCUCCAUGGAGGUUCACCAGGAAUUGCAUGACGUGGAUAUACAUCUGGAGGUGCGCAUUGCCAAUAAGCAGGACUCCCUGUACACCACCACUCUUAACACGACCCUAAACGUAUGCCGCAUCCUGGGCUUCGCGAACCAAUCACCUGUGGGACGCUUCGUUCAUGGCUUCAUCCGCGAGUACGGCAAUAUUAUCGACAACUGCCCCAUCGCCAAGGGAUCCUACUUCAUCAACAAGUUCUGGUGGCCUGAGGACCCGACCACCGCCAUCCUGCCUGAGCUCGAGUUCGAGAUUAUCUGGCAGGCCUUCCACAUAGAUGCUAGCAAGAAGCGCACCAUGAUUAUGAAUGACCACUUCGGAGGGGAGUUCGUCGUCCAGGACGUGAACAACCUCAAGCCGGGCAUCUUCGCAAUGCUUCCCAAGGUGGCAUAAAUUGGUUGGGUCCACUCGUCUCGCCCAAGAUGAACGUUCCAGCUCCGUCGCGUGUCUUAAUGGUGUUAAAUGAAUGUAUUUGUAUCACUUUAAUGUUACCCCCAGCAGGCAAAUAAAUCUGUCUCAAAAGCAGCAAAAUUCAA